CUAAGACGUGUGUAAAUAAUGUUAAUAUGCCCAGAGAGAUUGACUUUGCUAGUAGACGGAGAUAUAAGGAGCACAGGUCGAUCCUCGAAGAAGUAAUCCAGGCUUUUGAUAUGAAUAGAGGUUUCGGUGUACGAUUUGUAGGUUGGCGUCACAAUAGGGUAGUUUAUUUGGUAGUUAGGAAGACCAUUUCUUUGUACCCGACUGCGAGUCGUUUAUUUGAUUUUCAGGUCUGACUAAUUUUCAGGAUGUAAUGAUCUAUUUGUUCA